AUGUCUUCCCAGGAACUUCAGAAUAGAGGAAUAUUUUUAGAUAUAGAUUCUAUCAUCCUGAAUAAGGAUGUACCGACUGUUCGAUUAUGGGUGGCCUAUAUGUUGGAAAAAUUCCAUUUCCGGCGCUUAUUUAAUUGGAGAAUGAUCGAUUUUCUUAGAGUGGCGGGUAUAAUAAUUUUCAUCAUAGAAUCCAGUCCUAAAUCUAAAGAAAAUUUAUUGUUGCAAAUAGUAAAAGCAAAAUGUUCUGUUGUUAAAGUGGAGGAGAUAUCAGAUAUAACUAAUGCUAAUAUUCUCGAUUGUAAGACUGCUGAAUUUCUAGAGAAUAAGCCAAGAAAGACUUUAAGGGAAAUGCGCUCCUUAGACUGGCACCAUAUUGUGGAUUGUUAUGGAAUUUCGCCUGAAAUAUUAACUGAAGAUUUUAUCUCGAAGUACGGAAAUUAUAAUCAUAUGAAAUGGUUUAGAGCUUAUAAGCAAUUGCGAGAUGUGGAUACUAACAAUAAAAUAGCCGUUGAAGCUAUCAUUCCUAGAGAUAUCGAUGAUAGAGUAAGAUAUAAAGCUAAUGAUGUCAAAACACAUACAUCGCGCAGUGCUAAAAAAUCAGGGUUAAAAACAAUUCGAGCAAAACUUGGCUUACUGAAUUCAGUCCUGUAUACAACCUAUGGUUUGAAACUUAAGGCUAUAGAUAAGAAUCUCAAAUAUUACCAUCUGAUUGGGUCAUUUGAUAGCAAAGAUGCUCUUGAAUUACCUUUAUACCAAACAGGGGAAGAAGUUUAUUGGGGAAAUGGGAAAAAUACUCAGUAUAAGUUUACAAAAAUAGGUCAUACAUUUGAAGAUAAGUCUUCUUCCACUAUUUUAUAUAAUAUUUCCGAAGAAGACUUAUUCUCAGAAUAUACUAAAUAUUCUUCUGCCAUUAAUUUAUAUAAUAUUUCAUUUCGUGAGAUAAAUACCCAACUACAUACUAUUAAAAAUGCACUAUCUGACUUUGAUGCUUGA